AUGAAGUUGAUGAUACCGAUCUCGGCUUUAGCCUUUCUUCUUUGUCUUUCACAAAUCGUUCGAGCUGACACCGUGCAAGUGGAGACUCUCCCCUAUGAUUAUGGAAGUCUUAACGGUUUCUACUCGAUCGGGUAUCAUAUUUCGAUGGGUCUCGUGCCGACUUUGAAAAAUGAAACAUUACAGAAGGUCGCAGAUCUUGUCACGGAUAAUGGUGGAAGUGUCUCUGAUGUGGCGAGUGAUAUUCUCAAAGCAUAUGUGGGUCCAAUCGUGUUCAUGGUUUUCGGUGGCUUGUUGGCGUUGGCUGCAGGGCUUUCGUGUUUAAUUAUUUGCUGUGGACGGUGUUUUUGUAAAUGCUGUGGAGUCACUGAUUAUCAACCAGCCCACGAGAAACGAACUCUCCUUUACGUAGCCGGUUUCAUCCUUUUCGUAUCGUUUCCUUUUGUUCUAACUGGUGCUAUUAUUUAUGGAAAAGCUGUUGACGAUACGUAUGACACUUUGAGUCAAGAUGCUUAUGAAGAUAUUCAAAGAAUUAUUUUCGAUUUGGAGGGCUUGGUGACCAAUACAACGGCUGAGAUCAUCGAUUCGGUGGGGAAGAAUGUCCAAACAACUUUUGAUGAAACGGCUGACGAAAUCAACGCGGCACCUCAUGAGAUGAUCAUCAAUUUCGAGACAACCACUGGAUUGAGCGUUUUUUCGUCAGAGACGAAAAAUCGUGAUGAAGCCGUGGGUGCAGUGCAAGAUGACAUAACUCUUUGUAAAGGGGAACUUCAAAAUAUCUUGGGUAUCCAAGCCGGUACAGAAGUUCAGGAUCAGUUGACAACAGUUGGCCUACUUCAGACGGCUCUCGAUGGCUUAAACAUUGCGAUGCAAGCCUUUGACAAAGGAAUGGCCGUGGUGAAUAUUAAUGUGACGAACAUCGAACGAGACCUAAACACAUCACUCGGCAAAUCGAGUGGAAAGAUCAAGGAGGCAAAGGAUUCAGUGACAGCUACAACAGAUGAUAUCACAACAGCUAUCAAUGAUAUGCAUACGAGCUUGCAAAAAGUCGAGAACACGACGCAACAGUGGAUCGAUGACGUCAAAGAUUGGAGCGGUCUGAAGGCGUUCAGAAGUGGCAUGCAAGCACUUGGACUUUUUCCGUUGAGUAUCGCGCUCGUUUUUCUCAUUAUUGGAAUUGUCGCAUCGGGUGGGCGGAUUGCUCGUUCACAAACAAAGCCCCAUCAACGCUCAACGCGAUCCCAUAUUUCUGGGGGUCUCUCGGUGGCCGGGAUCUACAUCGGUUUCAUGGUUUCCGCUUUUAUCAUGGUGAUGUCUGUUAUUUUCUUCUUCGGCGGUUUUGCGGUGAGCUCAGUUUGCAAGCCAUUGUUUCGCGAUGAUGCGUAUGCAUUGUACAGAGCAUCUGACAAAUUUGACAUCGAAGUCGAUCCAUAUGAAGACAAGUCAGGGGAUAAUCCAAUUGCAACAAAUAUUGGAAAUAUCUUUCGAGAGUGCUCCUCGAGGACAAUGUUUUCGUUGAUUGGAGGAGAGAAUAUUAUCAGUGUGAAUGAUGUGAUGGACACGAUCAAAUUCGCCGAGCUUCAGACAGAAGCCAAUGAAAAAAUUCCUGAAAAGAUUUGGCCUACCAAUGGCAGGCCGGAUCUCACUGCAGUUGGGUCAGCGAUUGGUGAAUGGAAUAAAAAAGUGGGGCCAUUUCAAGAUGCUAAUGCUGAUGAUUUUCUCAAACAAACUCUUGUCAAGAAUCAAAACGAUCAAAAUGUCAAACAAGCACAUAACGAUCUGGUCAAAUUACAAACAUCAGUGAAAACCCUUUCCGCCGUUCUCGCCCAAUACAAUGAUGGAGUGAACACACUGCAGAAAUAUUUUGCUAAUGAUAAACUUACUCAUGAUGCGUUGAGUCAGCAAGUGAAUGACACUUUCAAGGAAGUGACAGAUACAACUCAAGUCGGACUACAGGCAUUCAUCGACGAUCUGAUGAAUAACGUGGCUCCAUGCGGACCCUUUUUGAUCCUUUAUGACAAUGUGGGAGUGCUUGUUUGUGAUCACAUUGGAAGGCCAGUUCAUGGAAUGUGGGCUGCUCUAGGUCUUGCUGCUUUGGCCCUCCUCCCAGCCUCUUUUUCUCUUCUUUUACUUGUCCGGUGGCUCUUGAGAAUGGACAGCCAUUAUUAUCGGGACGAAAUCGAGGACACUGGGCCAAUGAUUUGGGCUGGAUCAGCCGUUCCUCCAGAAGUACAAACCAUUCCGGCGACAAUGAGCAGUUACUCUUAUCCAAGGAAUCAAUCAUUAGGUCGAUUGGAUUUGAAGCCGAUUGACGAGCAGCCAUUCCCUGCAGAUUACGCAGAUUCUAGACCCGCCUCUCAGCAACUCCAUCGACCAGACUCGCUAUAUCCUGAAGUUGGGCUGCCCAGAGCGAACAAAGGCUUCGAGGAAUACUCGGGUGAUGGCCGUCGAACGGACAAUUGGGAUAUCCCUCUUCCCGAAGAUUCACCACCAAGCACAACGCAACGAUUGCGACGAUUU